UGCUGCCUGCCUGGGGACCCGGCUCGGGCCCGAGGUCGGAUUCCGCGCCCGCGCCAUGCCGAGGGAGAGGAGGGAGAGGGAUGCCAAGGAGCCAGACACCAUGAAAGAGGAGAGCGGCACCGAUGCCUCCGCUCGCUCCAGGAAGAGGAAGGCGAAUGUGGCCGUUUUUUUGCAGGAUCCAGAUGAAGAAAUUGCCAAGAUCGACAGGACUGUGAGGAGUGUCGGCCCGUGUGGCGGGCAGUCUUGGGACGGUAAUGCAGCCUGUGAGAACCCGUGCUCCCUGAUCCCCACGCCUGACAAAGACGAGGACGAGCUGGCGUACCCCACCUCCACACACAAGCCUCCCGGUGCCAGGCCGGCCCGAGCCUCGCCCCUGCCUGUGCUGAACUGGGCAAACCGAGAGGAGGUCUGGAAAAUCAUGCUGAACAAGGAGAAGACGUACUUCAGGGACAAGCACCUUCUGCAGCGGCACCCUCUCCUGCAGCCGAAGAUGCGCGCGAUCCUGCUGGACUGGCUGAUGGAGGUGUGCGAAGUCUACAAGCUUCACCGAGAGACGUUUUACCUGGCACAGGACUUCUUUGACCGAUACAUGGCGACGCAGCAGGACAUUGUGAAGACGCUCCUGCAGCUCAUUGGGAUCUCGUCUUUAUUUAUCGCCGCCAAGCUGGAGGAAAUCUACCCUCCGAAGCUGCACCAGUUUGCUUACGUCACAGAUGGGGCUUGUUCGGGAGAUGACAUUCUCACCAUGGAGCUGAUCAUCAUGAAGGCUCUGAAGUGGCAUUUAAGUCCCCUGACCAUCGUGUCGUGGCUGAACGUGUACAUGCAGGUGGCCUACCUGAAUGACUUGUACGAGGUGCUCCUGCCUCAGUAUCCCCAGCACGUCUUCGUCCAGAUUGCAGAGCUUCUGGAUCUCUGCGUCUUGGACGUUGGCUGCUUGGAGUUUUCCUACGGCGUCCUUGCUGCCGCCGCCCUGUACCACUUCUCCUCAUCCGAGCUGACGCAGAAGGUCUCAGGGUACCAGUGGUGCGACAUAGAGAAGUGUGUCAAGUGGAUGGUGCCCUUUGCCAUGGUCAUCAGGGAGACGGGAAGUCCGAAGCUGAAGCAGUUCCGGGGCGUCCCCGCCGAAGACGCCCACAACAUCCAGACACACCUGAACAGCUUGGACCUGCUGGACAAAGCCCAAGCCAAGAAAGCCAUACUGUCUGAACAAAAUCGGGUGUCCCCUCUGCCGUCCGGGCUCCUCACGCCCCCCCCGAGCGGGAAGAAGCAGAGCGGCGAGCAGGGUACCGCCUGACACCAGCCUCUUCACCAAAGACAGCCGUGCCCAGUGCUGCCAGUCCUCGCGUGCCCGCCCGGGGCCGCCUCGGCUUCGCAGAUGCUGACACGGGAGCGCGCUCCCCAGCACAAGUUUCUGGGGAUGGCGUUGGCCGGGCAGCGUUUUACCGAAUGCUUAGUUGAGAUGCUCUGGCCUGAGAAAGGAGAGACUUUUCAGUGGCGGCAUUCGCAAGUGCCUGGCAAGCAUCCACAGAGGGCUGCGUCUUCACUUGCGUCUUCUACGCAAAGCGGUGGC